AAGCACCAUCUGGGGCAGAGGGCAUUCAGCGCACACAUGAGUUUCAAAACAAACUGGUCUUGCUAAAAGUUGAAAAAUUCUUCGCUCCAAUCACGUCAUCAAAAGCCAACUUUAAAUUUUGAGAUGCUCUCGUCGAAGUAGAGACGCAGCCGCCACAAGGAAGACUUAACCAAGUCCCAGUGUUAUUUAUUACAUUUUUUAAUCUAAAAAAAUGGCUGCGAGUAUUCUUCGAAGGAAGCUUCUUUUUCAAAGCACCGCUCGGUUUUAUCAGCGCAGAAACUACGGUUACUAUGUCUUAUUGCCAGAAACCAAAUCCGAAUUGCCGGAAAAGCACGUUCUGUCAAGGGCGGACGAGACUUUCCCGUCGUUCGCCAAUGUCAACGGGGAGGAAUGCCUUAACUCUCUAGGAAAAAUUAUUUUGGAAUACGAAACGAACCUUUGGAAACUUGAGGAUGGCAUCAAAUCUCUGGGAGAUGAUGUCAAAUACGACGACGUGGUUGACAAGCUGGAUGAACUAGCUUUACCUCUGGAUUCAGCAUGGAGCAUCGUCAAGACCUUUGCUUUAGUUAACAGCAAACUGAUCAGUGCGGACAGCUACUCGAAAGUGCACGAUCGGGCCAGAAAAGCUAAGACAAAGAGGAUGCACAGCAAGCCAAUUUACGAAGCAAUGAAGAAAAUCCAUGAAAGCGGCUCAAAGUUUAGCGAGGAAGAGGCAAGGACUGUUAAGAAAUUUGUACUUGAGGGUAGACUGAAUGGACUGGAUUUAGCACCAAAAGAAUUUCAGCAUUACUCCAAUAUCAUGGGUCAGAUUGGACAAGAAAGGGGUCAAUUUUUCGGCAAAGCAAAGGUUGCAACUGAAGCGUUCAAACAGAUAAUCGGGGACCCGAGCAUGACUCGAGACUUUCCUCGCAGUCUCCUGGUAGCCACUGCUCAGGACUCAGCAAAGCCAGGUCAAGGACCGUGGACCGUCACUCUGAGACAGUCUGUGGCAGAGCCUUUUUUGCAGUACUGCCCAAUGCGAGAACUCCGAUGGAACGUGUGGCAGGCAAGUGUGCGACGGUGCUCCAAUGAAGGCGACAGAGAGCUCAACAACAGCGUCCACAUUGAAAAGCUACGGUCUAUGCGCAAGGAUCAGGCCAAGCUGCUCGGCUUUGAUACAUUUGCUGACAUGUCGAUGCAGACCAAAAUGGCGGGAAAGGUGGAUACAGUCAGGUCAAUGAUUGCAACUCUUUUGCUUAAAGCCAAGCCUGCACAAGACGUGGAACUAAAAAAUUUGCUGAAAUUCGCGCAAGAAAGAGGCUUUGAAGGAGGUUUAAUGCCUUGGGAUAUUCCGUACUGGAAACGAAAGCAGCAAAGAUCAAUUUUCAAAAUGACUGAAGAAGAGAUGCAAUUGUACUUCCCCUUGGAGCAUGUAGUGAGCUGCAUGUUCCGGUUGGCAGAAAAACUUUUCCAGCUAGAGAUUGUCAAGGAUGAACAUGCAAGCAACUGGCACCCUGACGCUGCAUUUUACCAAGUGAGAAGUGCCGAGGGAAGACUUUUUGGAGGCUUCUACUUUGAUCCUUUCUUGAGACCGGAAUCCAAAGGAAAAUCUGCGAUUGGUUGGAUGUUGAAUGUUAGAGGCAGAAACUUGGCCAUUCCCAAUGGUGGCGUUCCCCUUGGCGGGCUGGUUUUCAAUUUCGCUCCUCCUGACACGACCACAGGAACUCCUUCAUGCUUGACAAUCUUGGAAAUGAGGGAGCUCUUCUCUAAGUUUGGCCACAUACUGCAACAAGUUCUGGCAACUGCAACCUGCUCUGAAGUCUCUGGUCUCACUAAUGUUGAGUGGGACGCUGUCAACAUCAGCAGCCAGCUCAUGUCUAUGUGGCUGACUGACCCAAGCUUCCUACAAUCGCUCAGCCACCACCACGCAACUGGAGAGCAGCUCACUGAGGAGACAAUCGCGUCCUUGUCCAAAUCUAACCGCAUUUUAGCUGGCCAUGAACUGUGCCGCGAGCUGUACCUCUCCACUCUGGACAUGGAUUUGCAUUCAACGGAUGAGUUUUGGCUGGACACAGUGAAGCGCAUCUAUCAGCAGUACAUGCCCUUUGAGCUAGACAAAAGGGACGCCCAUCCUUGCUCUUUUACACCCAUCUUUUCUGGGGAUUGGGCGGCAGCCUAUUACUCAGGCCUGUGGGGUAGAAUGGUGGCCGCUGACGCGUACAAUGCUUUUAAGGAUUCUUCUGAAGAUGUUGAGGAGGUUGGAAAGAGAUUUAGACAAUGCAUUCUUGAACCUGGCGGCGCAGUUCAGCCAGCUGUUGCUUUUAGGAGGUUUAGAGGUCGUGAUCCAUCUCCCAAUGCACUUUUGAACAGUUUGGGUUUGAAGGUGGUUAAGCCAGCAGUCAAAGUAGCAUCAAAUAAUAUUGUAGAUAAUUAAAAAGAAUAUUGCUAUUACUCUAA